AUGUACGCCGGGAGGAAGAGGAAGAAGCCGGUGCCGAAGAGCCCCAAACCACCACCCCCUGAGGGUGUGAAGUCCAACCCCUCCAAGCGACAUAGAGACAGGCUCAACCAGGAGCUGAACAAGCUGACUGGCUUGCUGCCCUUUCACGAAGAUGUGUGCACCAGGCUAGAUAAGCUCUCCGUCCUCCGUCUUGCUGUCGGAUACCUGAAGGUGAAGAGCUACUUGAUGGCAACAGGUGCUGGUGUCUGCAUGCUGGACCAGCCCAAUGCCUCAGGAGGGAACAGACGACAGGACCUGCAGGUCGACAGAGAGCCAUUUCCUGAGGGGGAACUGCUGCUCCAGGCACUCAAUGGAUUUGUUAUCACGGUGACUGGCGAUGGCUACGUCGUCUACAUCUCCCCUACUGUGCAGGACUACCUGGGCUUUCAUCAGUCGGAUCUCAUCUACCAGAGCGUGUACGAGCUGAUCCAUGCAGAUGACAGAGCCGCCUUCCGCUGCCAGCUGCACUGGGCUCCAGCGUCCGGCAGCACCCAGCACACUGCUGAUGGUGAGUGUGGGGGUGGUCCCCAGCAACAACCCGGGCACCUCCAUCCCGAGGAACCCUCCUUUGUGGAGAGGAGUUUCACCUGCCGCUUCCGCUGCUUGCUGGAUAACUCCUCAGGAUUUCUGGCCUUGAAUUUCCGGGGGCGCUUGAAAUUCCUUCUCGGGCAGCAGCAAAAGGCAUCAGACAGGUCUGCGCUUGCCUUCUUCGCCAUUGCGACUCCCCUCCAGCCACUCUCCAUCCUGGAGCUUCGGACCAAGAUGUUGAUCUUCCAGACAAAGCACAAGCUGGAUUUCACUCCCAUGGCCUGUGAUUCCCGGAGUAAGGUUGUCCUGGGGUACACGGAAACGGAGCUGUGCAGGAGGGGUUCCGGGUACCAGUUUGUGCAUGCAGCUGACAUGAUGUACUGUGCGGAGAACCACGUGAGAAUGAUGAAGACAGGGGAGAGCGGGCUGACGGUUUUCCGGCUGCUGACCAAGAAGGGCAGCUGGGUGUGGGUGCAGGCCAACGCCUGGCUGGUGUACAAAGGAGGCAAGCCCGACUGCAUCAUUGCCCGGCAGCGAGCCCUGUCGAAUGAAGAAGGGGAGGAACAUCUGCAGAAGAGAAACCUGCAGCUUCCUUUCAGCUUUGCCACAGGGGAAGCAGUCCUGUAUGGGAAUGACCUUCCAGACUUCCUGGACUCCUUCCAGACUAAGGUGGAAUCACAGACACAAGCAAACUUGCACUCAAAGCAGCCCUCUGUAGAUCCCAGCUCUCUUCUCGGGGCCAUGAUGAAGCAGGAUGCAUCCGUAUACAUCUCCCACGCUGAUAAUGUGCCUCAGUGCUCCUUGCCGGAUCUCAUCACUGAGCCCAGUGGACCGAGCCAGAAUGAGGGAGUGGAUGAUGCCAAGCAGAAUAGCAACUCCCUCACGGUCGUUAUCAAAACCCUCUUGGAGAAGAGCAAAGGGGAUGGGAACACCUGCCAGACCCUCCUGAAUCUCGGCGUGGACAAUGCAGAGCUGCAGUGGUGGAAGGAUGCUCUGCGUGGCUUGAGUGUGGCAGAGGAGCUGGCGCAGGAGGCUGGGGAGAGGCUAGGCACUGAG